ACCAACUGAAGACAGGGUUUUGAAAUCUCAGCUAUAAAGACAUCUAGCCAAAGUCUCAAUCUUGCCUUAACAAUGUUCCAGAGGCUGAAUAAAAUGUUUGUGGGUGAAGUCAAUACUUGUUCCAACCAAGAACCAGAAUUUAGUGAGAAAGAAGAUGAUGAAUGGAUUCUUGUUGACUUUAUAGAUACUUGCACUGGUUUCUCAGCAGAAGAAGAGGAAGAAGAAGAAGAAGACAUCAGUGAAGCAUCACCUACUGAGCACCCUUCAGUCUUUUCCUGUUUACCUGCAUCUCUUGAGUGCUUGGCUGAUACAAGUGAUUCCUGCUUCCUCCAGUUUGAGUCCUGUCCAAUGGAGGAGAGCUGGUUUAUCACCCCUCCCCCAUGUUUCACUGCAGGUGGAUUAACCACUAUCAAGGUGGAAACAAGUCCUAUGGAAAACCUUCUCAUAGAGCAUCCCAGCAUGUCUGUUUAUGCUGUGCACAGCUCCUGCCCUGGUCUCAGUGAGGCCAGCUGUGAGACUGAUGAAUUUCAUAACCCAAAUAGUCCCAGAGUGGAAGCUCAAAAUGAAAUGGAACAGCAUAUUCACUGCUAUGUUGCAGCUCUUGCUGCUCAUACAACUUUCCUGGAACAACCCAAGAGCUUUCGCCAUUCACAGUGGAUAAGAGAACAUAGUGAAAGACAGUCUCUUAACAGAAACAGCCUUCGUCGCCAAAAUCUUAGCAGGGAUUGCCACCCUCGGCAGGUCAAGCACAGUGGCUGGGUUGUGCAUCAGCCCUGCCCGCGUCAGUACAAUUACUAAGGAUUUCAAGUUCUGUUGGUUGGUUGUUGCAUAUAUGUGUGGAUGUGCGUUUAUGUACAAUGAAAAUGCUGUCUCUUUACAGCCAACUGAUGACCAGUCACAUAGUUUUAUGAGUGUGUUCAGACACUAUCUUGAAAACCAGAUUUAAUAUGCUGUGUAUCACAUAAUGCCUUGCUCUUAACAUUUACU